UCCGCGCGCACGCCGGUGCCGGCAGGCUGGCUUAACGACGUUGCGCUCCGUGACCUUGCACUCGGUGUUGGCCACGCCGUCUGCGUAGACGCUCGAGGCGACGUCUACCAAUGGGGCUCAACCUUUUCGUCGGACGCAUCUGAACCCAAGGCAACUUUGAAGGGCAAAAACAUCACUUCCAUCCAGCUGACCCCAAACCGAGUGUAUGCGCUCUCCUCCUCCGGAGCCAUCUACGUCCUCUCCUCGUCCGCCGCAAAGCAAUCGCUACCCGCAGGCGUACCGACUCCUGCAAGCACGCCGUGGUGGAGCACCGGGUGGAUAUGGGGCGAAGAACAGGCCGGGAGCGGGCUCGUCGAUUUUAUCGAGCUCAAGCCCGACACCUCUCUGGACCGCAAAGAAAAGUAUGUUCCUCUGCACAUCUUGGGAGAGAGACAUCUGUUCACGAGCAUCUCGGCUGGCACGGACCACCUGCUAGCGCUCACCUCCAGCGGACGCACGUUCGCCCACCCGGCCUCGAUGAAAGCCAAUUCGAAUGGUCAGCUAGGCCUGUCCUCCAUCGACGUACCCGUCUCGGUUACGAACCUCACACCGGACUCAACACUGACGGAUGAAGAGAAGGCGAAGAAGAAGGCCAUCAAGGAGCACCUCAAGGUGGAACUGCCGAAAGCCGGCGUCGACCUGAGGGCGGUCAACUCGCCUUACAACCGCGCACCCUAUGCGCCGGAUUACGAUGACAAGGACAAGGGGAAGAAGAAGGAGCUGGUUAUCGACGACUCUGAUAUCCGGUUCUGUGACAAACUGUACGAGAUUCCCGCACUUAGGGGCGUUCCGGUUGCGCAGGUUGUUGCUGGUGGGCGUCACAGCUUCAUCCGCACGGACGGCGGUCGAGUGUUGGGCUGGGGUGCGAACGAGUAUGGACAGAUUGGCCUUGGCGGAACAGUGUUGGUGCAGAGCAUCACCCGCCCCACGGAGGUCAUUCCCAUCCCGGCCACAUUGAGGAAGAACAGCACCAGUAAAGUGCUGGACGUUAAUGCCGGUGCCGACUUGAGCAUGUUUACUGUUGAGCGCCGAGACGGCACCGGGAUGACCCUCGUCGACGUCACCGCCUGUGGAAACGGGCAGUACGGCGGACUGGGCAGCGGACUCUUCAGCAACGCCCAGAGCACGCCGAUUCGCGUCAAGAACAUCUCCGGGUUACUCGAAUACGAUGAGGCGACGAAGAGCUUGGAGCCCAUCGCGCCGCACGCCAUAUCCAUCGCACCUACCGGCGCGCACGUCUUCUGCUCCCUGGAGACUCACGAGCGCUCUGGACCCCGCGCCGGCGCUCAACAGGUCGGCGGCAGGGACCUGCUCAGCUGGGGCCUGAACUACGAUGGACAGCUUGGCAACGGGAAGAAAAACACGGUGCCAGUGCCGACGCAGAUGCAUCUUCCGGCGAGCAAGGGAUUGAUCGCAGGGCCGGAAGCACAGGGCGCGAGGUUCAUGCUACGGAAGCGCAAGGCUGACGUGGUGCGGGACAUGAGCGGGAAGGUGUGGAAGAAGGGCGUGGAUGUGGAGCAGGUGGCAGUUGCUGGUGAUGGAUGCGGUGUGGUUUAUUGGAAACUGUGUUGA